AAGCCUCACACAGAGGUGCGGGUACGACCAGCGGAGCCAUUUCUGCUACAACAGCACCAGUCCAGCCACAGCCGGGGAAUUUCUCUCAACCCAAGAUCAUUUGUUCUCAUGCGCAGCUGUUUACAGAGCAUGCGGGAGUAGUUGCCCCUGACAAGGAACUUCUAAACCGUCUUCUCGCACCCACAAGCUAUUCCGCAGUGAUGAUCAACAACUUCAUCUUGUGUCAGUAUUUUUACGAACUCACCUGCACUUUUCUUAAACCUUUUUUACAUUAUCUGGUAAGCAAUACGUCGAUUUUGUUACCCGGAGGCGUGGCGCACUUCGUUGCUGGCCACGACGAUUCAGAAGCGUCAGAAACUUUUUCUACUAGUGCAUAUGCUGUUGACGAGGACCAAUAUUUUAUUGGGCGAACUUCUUCGGCCCCUGUCGAUGGAAAGACAACGAGGACAAGUCAAAAAUUACAAUCACUGACUAGCAGUGGGAAGGGGAACCUUAGUGCUAGUACGACGAGAUCAGCGAGUACAGCAACUCCAUCACCGUCGACCGCGACUAGUACUACUUCCAGUAGUGGCACAAAUAAAAACGUGGCAUCAGAAGCAGAAAUACGACGACUUUCAUCAGAGAAUAUACUCACAUUGCAAUUGUCACCUCCUCCAUCAUCUGAUACGCCAGAAUUUUCCCCUCCGGCAAGGCGUGCUGGCGACGAGAGGACGAGAAAUAUUAGCAUCGUAAACCCUGAGGACCUCGACCUCCAUGUAGAGACGAAUAGCAAUAGACGUGUCAAUUUAGUCGAGCAGCAAGGUAAAAAUCUUCUUGAAGAACCUGCAGCGCUGUUGCGGAGUACAUCACUAAGGGCAGUCAGCGGACCUUGUGGAGGACCUGGCAAAAAUGUGUCUUCUGGCAAAGAAGGAACUUAUUCUCCACCCGAUGAAUUUGUUCUUACCGAAAAAGGACGCAGAGACUUGGAGACUGAGCUGCGUUCCCACCACCAUUUAACGAGAGGGAGCUUCCUGGCACGUUCGUCUGGUAGUGGCAUUGGCGGGAUAGGAAUCAUUCCGACAUCUUCUGUGUCCUCGUCACAAGUAAUACAACAGAAGAAGACGGUGACACUUUUACCGGCAUUUUCCUCGCAAGAAUUUUUUUAUGGCAAUGUAGUAGGUUUUUUUGUCUAUCCUUAUUUAGCAGGGCUUCCUUAGGGUUCUCGUGAAGCAAAUCCCUAGUACGCCAAGAACUAAUGACCUGCAUCUGAACACAUGGACAAAAAAACUACGCAAAACUCUUUCAUGAUUUAGAAAAUUUAGAUCCUGUUGGGGCCUUCGCGUCUUUGCCCAUAGCUAAGGUGAGGAAGUUGUAUGCGAAGUUUAUUCGCGGUCCACACUUUGAGCCCUGGUUUAGACAGCAGAGGGACGCCGUAGUGCAGCAAUCACUCGCAGCACACAAGAAGCGGCAGAACAGGAUGAGGAGUAGUCAAGGAUGAUGGCGGAUGGCGAGAUCUUAUCGAUGUGGCCUGUGCUUGUGGCCUGUGCUUGUUUUUUUCCGCAUCAAUGUGUGCUUCAUCAUCAUCUUCUAGGUCUACAUGCAGUUGUAUUUUUUGUCCACUAGGGCUAUCUUCUUUUUCAUUAUCUACGUGGGAUGCGCGCGCCCGCUCUCUUGAUUUCUUGAUCAACUUCGUUCUUAGGGAUUUCGUGUGAUUCGCAAUAGUGAAAUUUGUUUUCCAGAUCACGCAUUUUUUUUCGAGGAA